AUGUCUUCAGCACGGGAAGAUGUCAAAGUGAUCGCAGUACUUGGAGCGACCGGAAAUCAAGGCGGUGGUGUGGUUCAAGCACUUCUCAAGAACUCUGCCCCGCGCUUGCACGUCCGUGCUAUAACUCGGGAUACCUGUUCUGCUGGUGCUUCGAAACUCAGAGCGAAGUUCGAAAAUGACGACAGGUUGGAGAUGGUGGCAGCCAAUGUAUACGACAAAGAAUCACUGUUCAAAGCAUUCAACGAGGUCUUUGGAGUCUUCGCAGUAACGAACAAUCGACUGUCUGGGAAAACAAUUGAGAAAGAAGAGGAUAUGGACCAUGAGCUGGAAGCCGGAAGAAAUAUCAUUGACGCAGCCAAGGCCUGUGAAGUUCAACAUGUUGUGUUGAGUAGCCUGCCGAAUUUGGCAGAAGCCAGCAACCGGCAGUUUACGAAAGUCUUUCACUUUGACAAUAAAUCGAAGAUUGAACAAUGGGCCAAAGAUGAGCUCUUGGCUGUCACUGCCCUACAUCCCGAUGAUGGCACUGUCCGCUUUUGUGCUCCAAUUGAGGCGGACAAACUAGCGGAUUGGGUUGACCCAAGUUAUGAUAUUGGGGUUUAUGCUGCAGGUGAGGCAUCGCUUUCUCUCCAGAUGACCUGUCUACUUACUAACAGCCAAGAAAUAUUCCGUUUGGGUCCUCAAAAAACAGCAUCAAAGACAUACCCAGUGGUUGGGCCCAAACUCUCGUUUGCCGAGUUUGCGAAUAUUUUCAGUGACACCACCUCGCGCAAGGCCAUCUUCGAUCCGAUCACACUAGACCAGUGGGGUGCUACUGUAGCUGCCACUGUGGGCAAGGGAUACGAGGAAGAUAUCAGACAGAUGAUGCAGUGGAUAUCUGUUGCUCCAGAUGAGAAGAUAUGCUAUGGCACGAUGGAUCCUAGGGAUGAUACGUCGUGGAAAGACCUCGGAGUCAGGGCCAGCACAUUUGCAGAGUGGAUGGAAAGGGCUGCUUGGAGAGGACCGUGA